AUGAAGUCAGCAGACUCCGCCUUAGCAAGGGAAGAGGUAAAUGGGGUCCAGCGAGAGGCAGCUCUGAAGGAAAAGGAAGCUGAGGAAAGCCGGCGGGGCUUUAAGCCCCUCCAGGGGCAAGAGUGGUCCACUCAGGAAGACAAUUUACGCAACCGCUGCCGUGGCAUUGCAGCAACACCUCGCUGGCUGCCACUGCUCCCCCCGCCACUGUGGACCGCUGUCUCUGCUAGUGCCCCGCGCCGCCAACUGCUUCUCGUUGCCCAGCCUUCACCCGUGGCUGACCUGGGUUCACCUGAGGAAGGUGAUGAGGCAAAUGCAGCCAUUCAGAAGGAGGUGGCAGGAAUGGUCCUAGUGAGCGACGUCAGCUGGGCCCUGAGUGCUUCCCAGGCACUCAAAGAGGAGAAGAAGUUCAGCGGAUCCCAGCGUGAAGGACCAGGUGGAGCGAAGGUUAACGCAGAAUCUGCCCCAGCCAAGCCACUGAGUCCUGUUGCAGAAACAUUCAGAGUUAUUCAGGGGGCAGUGAGCGAAGAGUACGUGAGAGCGACUCAGGGUGUCUUCCAGUUUGAAUUAUCUGGUGAUGACGGGGGCACUUGGUAUAUCGACCUGAAAACCAAGGGUGGGAGCGCUGGUUUCGGAAAGCCUCCUGUGACGGCCGACGUGGUUAUGAGCAUGUCGAGCGCCGACUUUGUGAAAAUGUUCACAGGUAAGCUAAAGCCAAUCGUGGCUUUCAUGUCAGGAAAAUUAAGUGUUAAAAGUGACAUGGUGCUAGCAAUGAGUCUGGAAAAGAUGCUGCCACAGUUCAUUUUUGAACUGUGA